AUGGCGGAAAAGGAAGCGACCGUGUACAUCGUCGAUGUCGGCAAAUCCAUGGGGAAGCGCCGCCAUGGCCGCCUCGUCACGGAUCUUGAAUGGGCAAUGCAGUACGUCUGGGACAAGAUCACGACUACAGUUGCAACAGGCCGAAAAACAGCUACUCUCGGCGUGGUUGCCCUACGCUCAGAUGACACGUCAAAUGAGCUUGCGGGGGAUCCCAGCUUCUCCAAUAUAUCCGUGAUCCAAGAAAUUGGGCAGGUUCUCAUGCCUGAUAUUCGGAAGCUGCGAGAUUGUAUCAACCCCAGUCGAACUGACAAAGGCGAUGCCAUCUCAUCGGUCAUUCUUGCUAUCCAGAUGAUCAGCGCGUACUGCAAGAAGCUCAAAUACAAGCGCAAGAUCGUACUCAUCACUAAUGGCACGGGUUACAUGAACAACGAGGGUAUUGAUGACAUUAAAGACAAAAUCAAAGAGGACGGUAUUGAUUUUGCUGUCAUCGGAGCGGAUUUCGAUGAUCCAGAGUUUGGUAUCAAAGAGGAGGAUAAAGAUACUCACAAGGCCCAGAAUGAGACCCUUCUAAGGGAAUUUGCCGAGGGCAUCGAUGGUCUCUACGGAACAUUGGGGGAGGCAAUCGCAGAAAUGGACAUCCCUCGCAUCAAAGUCACGAAGAGCAUGCCAUCUUUCAAAGGGUUUCUCCAACUUGGAGAUGCUACAAAAUACGAAACGGCGUUGCGCAUACCCGUUGAACGCUAUUUUCGAACAUAUGUCGCGAAGCCCCCAUCCGCAAGUUCCUUCGCCAUCCGGUCCGCCACACAGGGCGAGGAUGGCGAUGUUCCUACUGCAAGUCAAGCACCAGGAGAUGAAUUCCUUACCACGGUGAGGACAUCGCGAACUUAUCAGAUCACAGACGAGUCUGCGCCGGGCGGUAAGAUCGAUGUCGAGCGAGACGACCUUGCAAAGGGUUAUGAGUACGGACGCACGGCCGUCCACAUCAGCCAGACUGACGAGAAUAUCACAAACCUGGAGACCUUCGCUGGUAUGGAUCUCAUUGGAUUCGUCCAAAGCGACAAGUUUGAUCGAUACCUUCCCAUGUCCAACAGCAACAUCAUAAUUCCGCAGCGAGCAAACGAUAAGGCCUCGUUGGCAUUGUCUUCUUUCAUCCAUGCUCUUUUCGAGCUAGAGACCUACGCUGUCGCUCGAUUAGUAACCAAAGAGGCCAAGCCGUCGUUGAUUGUCUUACUCGCGCCGUCCAUCGAGCCUGAAUACGAAUGUCUUAUUGAACUGCAGCUGCCGUUUGCAGAGGAUGUACGAUCCUACCGAUUCCCACCACUGGAUAAAGUGGUUACUGUCUCGGGGAAGAUUGUCACCGAACACCGCAACCUUCCCAGCGACGAUUUGCAAGAUGCGAUGAGCCAAUAUGUGGACAGUAUGGAGCUGGACCUGAAGGAUGACGACGGUGACACUAUCCCCGGACUACCUAUCGAUGAGGCUUUCUCCCCACUACUGCACCGAAUCGACACUGCGGUACGACAUCGCGCCGUACAUCCUAAUGGCCCCAUCCUCGAGCCCUCAGAACGCUUAGCCAAAUUCGCCAACCCACCCGAAGAUCUCGUCAAGAAAUCAACCCAAUACCUCGAGAAACUGAUCUCCACAGCAGAUGUCAAGAAAGUUCCACCCAAGAAAAAGGGUCGCAAACGUCAACGCGAAACCGAAAAGCCCCUCUCCGGCCUGGACGUUGACGCCCUCCUCUCCCAAGAACCCAAACGCUCCAAGAUCUCCGCUGAAAACGCCGUCCCAGAGUUCAAGCAGAUGCUGUCACGCGCCGAGAGCGUCGACACAAUUCACGACGCUGUUAAGCAGAUGGCUGUUAUUAUCGAGACGCAGACCAAGCAUAGUCUCGGCGAUGCUAAUUACGAUCGUGUCGUUGAAGGCCUUGGGACCAUGCGAGAGGAACUGGUAGAUUAUGAAGAGCCGGCGCUCUACAAUGAUUUCUUGCGCGUGCUGAAAAGGAAAAUUCUGGAUGAAGAGUUGGGUGGGAACCGACGUGAGCUGUGGUGGCUUGUGAGGAAGAGUAAACUCGGUCUUAUUGAUCGGGUUGCUUCAGAGCAGUCAGAGGUUUCCGAGGAGGAGGCUAAAGAGUUCUUCUCGGUUGCUUGA